GGUACUUUUAAGUUUUAUACGUCAUUCAUGAGCUGCCUUUGCUUUAGCAGCUAUGGAUGACAAAGCUUCAGUUGGAAAAGUUAGUGUUUCUUCAGACUCGGUAUCCACUCUAAACAGUGAGGAUUUUGUCCUGGUUUCCCGCCAUGGUGAUGACACGCCUUCUACCAAUAAUGGUAGUGAUGAUGAGAAAACAGGACUUAAGAUAGUUGGAAAUGGAAGUGAACAGCAACUCCAAAAGGAACUCGAGGAUGUAUUAAUGGAUUCAUCAAUGGAGGGUCAUCGGGCUGCUAGAGAACCUUUGGAAGCAAUGCCGGCUUCUCCUGCAAGUGAAGAUUCACUGACUGAGGAUAUUUCCUUAACUCCGUCUCCUGUUUAUUCAGGGUUAAUGGUGGUGCCUCAGAAAACAGAUAUGACUCUACUAAUUAAACCAACACAAGGAAUGGAUUCUCCAAACUCCAGUCCCUCGACACCCAUACCAGAUGAAGACAGCGUUUUGUUCAGCAAACUCACGUACUUGGGAUGUGCUUCAGUGAAUGCUCCUCGGAGUGAGGUGGAAGCCCUCCGUAUGGUGUCCAUUUUGCGAAGCCAGUGUCAGGUCCCUUUAGAUGUGACACUCUCGGUGCCUAAUGUUUCCGAAGGAAUUGUGAGACUACUAGAUCCACAAACGAACACUGAAAUAGCAAACUAUCCAAUCUACAAGAUCCUUUUUUGUGUCAGAGGGCAUGAUGGUACUUCUGAGAGUGAUUGCUUUGCCUUCACUGAAAGUCACUACAAUGCAGAAAUUUUCAGAAUUCAUGUCUUUCGAUGUGAAAUACAAGAAGCAGUAAGUCGCAUUCUCUACAGCUUUGCCACAGCCUUCCGACGGUCUGCAAAGCAGACUCUUCUCUCAGCAAAUCCACCAACACUAACACCAGACAGCGAUAUAUUCACAUUUACUGUUUCAUUGGAGAUUAAAGAAGAUGAUGGCAAAGGAUAUUUCAGUGCAGUCCCCAAAGAUAAAGAUAAACAGUGUUUCAGACUCCGACAAGGAGUGGAAAAGAAGAUUGUGACUUACGUGCAGCAAUCGUCAAACAAGGAACUUGUCAUUGAAAGGUGCUUUGGCGUUCUUCUCAGUCCUGGCAAAGAUGUACGAAACAGUGAUAUGCAUCUUCUGGAUUUGGAAUCCAUGGGCAAAAGCUCAGAUGGUAAAUCUUACGUAAUUACUGGAAACUGGAACCCCAACACACCACAUUUUCAAGCUGUAAAUGAAGAAACACCUAAGGACAAAUCAAUUUAUAUGACGAUAGCAGUUGACUUGAUCAUUAUUGAAGUACAAGAGCCGGUCCGCUUUCUUCUGGAGACCAAAGUCAGAGUAUGCCCGCCUAGUGAAAGGAUGUUUUGGCUCUUCAGUAAACGAAGUUAUACAGAAACAUUCUAUUUGAAGCUGAAACAGAUUGAACGAAAAGAAAGAAAAAGUAACAGUGAUACACUGUAUGAGGUUGCAAGUUUGGAAAGCGAAUCUGAGCGUGAGCGAAGGAAAACCACAGCAAGCCCGACUAUGCGCUUACCUCAUUAUGGUUCGCAGGGGUCCAUCAUCCCUUCACCUCCUGAGGAUGAUGAAGAGGAAGAUAAUGAUGAGCCUCUCCUGAGUGGCUCUGGUGAUGUCUCCAAAGAAUGUGGUGAAAAAAUUCUGGAAACAUGGGGAGAUCUGUUGUCUAAGUGGCAUCUGAACCUGAGUGUAAGACCGAAGCCACUGUCUACUUUAGUAAGAAGUGGAGUCCCUGAGGCUCUACGGGGUGAAGUUUGGCAACUACUUGCAGGAUGCCAUAACAAUGACCAGAUGGUAGAAGACUAUAGAAUUCUUAUCACAAAAGCAAAAGGAGCUCUCCAAGAGCAUAUAAUGCUCCUGCACAAAAAGGAGGUCUUUCAGCCUGUUGUGUCUAUGCCAGCUCUUUGUGAAGCUAUCCAAAAUGCACUUGUAUAG